GUUAGAACACCGGGAGGUAUAGUAGGUUUGGCUCUCUGUUUUCAAGACACUCGGGAUCUGUCUUUGUUUGAGUGGAAAGAUCAUGCCCCCAAAACCCGCCCCAGCCGAUGCAGGCGCCUCACCAGCUGCAGGGGCCCCACCGGCUGCAGGGGCCCCACCGGCUGCAGGGACCCCACCGGCUGCAGGGGCCCCACCGGCUGCAGGGGCCCCACCGGCUGCAGGGACCCCACCGGCUGCAGGGGCCCCACCGGCUGCAGAGGCCCCACCGGCUGCAGGGGCCCCUGAAAAGCCGCCAGAGGAAAUACAGACACCUGAAGAACUGGCAUUUUACGCCCCAAAUUACCUAUGUUUGACCAUCCUGGCUGUAAUUUUCUUCCCUCCCGUGGGAUUAAUAGCUGUAUUCUUCAGUUACAAGACCUCGCAGGCCAACAAGAACAGCCAAUGGGAAGACGCUUACAUCAACUCAGGUCGAACUGGUUGGCUGGAUGUAUUCGCCAUACUCAUCGGUUUAGGCGUCAUUUAUGUCUAUGUCCUAUUUAUGUGAAGGUCAAGCCAAGUAGUCCAUGGGUUCACCCCAAAUAGGACCCACCCACCAAGACACAAACCAGCCAAAUCAGCCACCAUGCAAGAAACCAACAGCUGAGACAUCUUCUACCCAAGAAACCUAUCAGCCAAGGAACUCAACAUCCAAGCAACCCACUAGCCUAAGGACAUCAUACUACAUCCUCUUGGCCUCCAGAGCCAUCUUCAUCCACCUUGGGGGUCCUCACUUUCAUGCACUGGAUGUGCUUAGCUCCUUGAUACUGGGCUGCUCUUUCAGAAAAAGAUUUAUUUAAACGAAUAAAAAUGAAGGGAAUGUU